AAGUUGCAGAAAGUCACAAACAAACACAUCAAAAUUCAAAACCAUAGUACUCAGUCUUUUGUCACGUUUUGCUUGCCACGUUGCUUCUUAUCUUUCCUCCAAAGACCAAAACUCACGAACCGCACAUAAAUUUGGAUAUGUUUCUUUGAUUAUUCACAUGUUUUUAUUCUACUCUAUCCUCGUCAUCAUGUUUUUUUCUGACUAGGCUCCGACUCACCACAUCAUAAAGGUAUCUUUAUCUUCUCUUCCCAAUUCCCAAUACAAACAACAAAAUUUUGUUCCUUUCUUCUGGGUUUCAUUCAAAAUCCUUUCUUUAUUAAACAUUGUUUCUGGGUUGUUAUAAUUUGGUGCUGAGUUUCUUCUACUCUUAUUGGGUUUCUUGAAGUUAGAAAAAAGAUUAAAUUUUUCACCUUCAAAACCAAUCAUUAUGCCGUUUUAUUGUUUGCUUAAUCUUCCUAAAUUAGUUGUUUUUAUUUAGUUUAUAGAUAACCCUUUGAAGAUUUUAGUUUUGAGUAUUUUGAUUUGUGAAAAGGGUAUUGGUUAUUAUUCAGUUUAGGUAGAAUGGAUCAUAUUAGUAAUGAAGCUGGGGUAGGCCGUUUUCCAAUUGGUCCUUCAGACAUUCUUGGUAAGACAAUAGCUUUCAGGGUUCUAUUUUGCAAGUCUAUGUCACAUUUGAGCUAUCAAAUAUUUCAACUCUUGUUAGGAUUCUUGUAUAAGUUUAGAGGGGUGUUGAAAUUGAAACCCUUUUUAUCAUGGUUCCAUCCAAGAAACCCACAAGGGAUAUUAGCAUUGAUGACAAUAGUUGCACUCUUUUUGAAACGUUACACAAAUGUGAAAGUUAGGGCUGAAAUGGCUUAUAGGAGAAAAUUUUGGAGAAAUAUGAUGAGAAGUGCUUUGACCUAUGAUGAGUGGGCUCAUGGAGCUAAGAUGCUUGAUAAGUUGACUCCAAAGAUGAACGAAUCAGAUCUUUAUGACGUUGAAUUGGUUGGGAACAAGCUUCAAGAGCUUCGUAGCCGUCGACAAGAGGGGUCUCUUAGAGAUAUUAUGUUUUGUAUGCGUGCUGAUCUUGUUCGAAAUUUAGGUAAUAUGUGUAACCCGGAACUACACAAGGGUAGGCUUCAAGUCCCUAAGUUAAUCAAGGAGUACCUUGAUGAGGUAACGACGCAAUUGAGAAUGGUUUGUGACUCGAAUUCGGAGGAGUUAUCAUUGGAAGAAAAGCUUGCGUUCAUGCAUGAAACAAGACAUGCUUUUGGGAGAACAGCUUUGCUUUUAAGUGGUGGUGCUUCUCUUGGAGCUUUUCAUGUUGGUGUAGUGAAGACAUUGGUAAAACAUAAACUCUUGCCUAGGAUAAUUGCUGGUUCAAGUGUUGGAUCUAUUAUAAGUGCUAUUGUGGCCACUAGAUCAUGGCCAGAGCUUCAGAGUUUCUUCGAGGAUUCGUUGCAUUCGUUGCAAUUUUUUGAUCAAAUGGGUGGGAUUUUCGCGGUUGUCAAGAGGGUUGCAACACGCGGCGCUGUUCAUGAGAUCAGGCAGUUGCAAAUGUUGCUGAGGCAUUUAACAAACAACCUUACAUUUCAAGAAGCUUAUGAUAUGACAGGUAGAGUUCUUGGAAUUACGGUUUGCUCUCCAAGGAAGCACGAACCUCCUAGAUGUCUUAACUACUUGACAUCGCCUCAUGUCGUUAUAUGGAGUGCGGUGACAGCUUCUUGCGCAUUCCCUGGCCUUUUUGAAGCUCAAGAAUUGAUGGCAAAGAAUAGAAGUGGAGAUAUUGUUCCUUAUCAUCCUCCUUUUAAUCUAGGUCCUGAAGAAGGCUCCACGCCGUCGCGUCGUUGGAGGGAUGGUAGCUUAGAGAUUGACUUACCUAUGAUGCAGUUGAAAGAGCUAUUCAAUGUCAAUCAUUUCAUUGUCAGUCAGGCCAACCCUCACAUUGCACCAUUGUUGAGAUUGAAAGAGUUUGUAAGAACUUAUGGAGGCAAUUUCGCUGCCAAGCUUGCUCACCUUGUGGUGUUGGAGGUGAAACAUAGGUGUAAUCAAGUACUAGAACUUGGCUUUCCCUUAGGCGGACUUGCCAAACUGUUUGCUCAAGAAUGGGAAGGUGAUGUCACUAUUGUUAUGCCUGCUACCCUUGCUCAGUACUCAAAAAUUAUACAGAACCCUUCGUAUGGCGAGCUUCAAAAAGCAGCCAACCAAGGGAGAAGAUGUAGCUGGGAGAAGCUUUCAGCCAUAAAAGCAAAUUGUGAAAUUGAACUUGCUCUUGAUGAAUCUGUGGCAAUUCUCAAUCAUAUGAGAAGACUAAGAAGAAUUGCUGAAAGAACUUCUGCUUCAGUUUCUCCCAGUUUAUCUAGUACUGUCAAAUUCAGUGCUUCAAGAAGAAUUCCUUCAUGGAAUUGCAUGGCACGAGAGAAUUCAUCAGGCUCUCUUGAAGACCUUACAGAAGCUUCUUCCUCGUUGCAUCAAACCAUUGGCAGUGACUCUGAAAAUGUUGAUUUGAUUUCUUGGACUAAAUCUGGUGGCCCUUUGAUGAGAACCGCUUCGGCAAAUACGUUUGUUGACUUUCUCCGAAACUUAGAGGUUGAUACCGAACUAAAUAGAGGCUCUGUAGCUUAUGCCAGCCCCCGUGAUUUUCAGUAUCAUAGUUUCAGACUCACAGGACCAGAUAGGAACUCGGAAUCCGAGCAGAAGGAAAUUGACAACAGGGUUGUGAAUGGAUCUAGCAUACUGGUAACUGAAGGCGAUCUUUUGCAGACUGAAAAGAUUCCUAAUGGGAUUGUGUUUAAUGUUGUCAAGAAAGAAGCCUUAACGCCUUCAAAUAGGUGUCUUGAUUUUGGAAAUUACAACAAUGAAGUUGUUGAAUGUGAUCAAAUUGGUUGUCCAGGGAAGGAAACCGAUACUGUUAGCUCUGAUUCUGACCAUGAAAAUGACGAAUCCGCACCAGCUUUGAGCAUGGAUCAAAGCAUUGUUGAUAGUUAGUUCCACAGAUUAAUUGUUUUGUGGUGAUUUUUAUUUUUAAUAUUUUGGUUCUAUUGAUUUCCCCAUUGUAAAUAAAUAAUACAAAAAUCUAGUCUUGGAGUGACUCUAUUCAUAGUUUUGAUGGGAAAUAGCACACUAUUUGGUCUACUCAUCAUAAAUAUAUCCAAGAUGAGAAGGACAUUCUGUACUCAUGCUAGCUAGUAAACUGAUUUUGAUUAAUGAUUUGCAUGAAAGUUGAUGUAACUUGUGUAAAUGAUGUCUACAGAGUUUCUUAUGAACCUGAA